AUGACAGCGGGGGAUGUUCCCCGCAAGCCUUGGUAUUUGAUUGCUAUGGCUUACGGGCAAGAGGAAGGAGACUACAAGACUGACCAAGGAUCUAAGGGAUGGAAUGCCUUCAAGGAUUAUGGUUCCAAGUUCAUCCAAAGAGUGCAGCGUGCCGGAAGCUGCUUUUUGCAUGCAGCGGCUGUUCUACAGUCCUAUUGCUUGCAGGGAAAUGAAGAACUCCAAGUGGUGGACAUUUCCAAGUUUUUUCGCCAUUCAUUCAGUGCUGAGAAGGUUUCAAAGUACAUCAUUGAAGAAAAGGGUGGUAAUGCAGAGCAAGAGCUGCGGACAAUGAUAGCCGGAAAGAGGAUGUCUUCCAUGAAGUUUGAAAUGGAUUUGAUGGAAAAAAGCAAGGAGGAGUAUCCCAAUGAGCUUUUUGAACAACUCGAGUUGUAUGGACCCGGCCUGAUUCACUACUUUGCCAUUGAGGGAAAGUUCAAAAAUGCUAAUGGGGUUGAUGGUGACGGCAAUGUUCAUCUUGAAUGCUUUGAGGGCACCUUUGCUACGACUGAAAACAUGGAGAGGCAUGCCAUGGAACUUGUUGGAAUGCGCAAAGUGGACGGGGAAUGGAAAUUGUUGCUCCAGAACUGGUGGCCUAACUUGCAGCUCGUUGAAGUGACACCGGAGUAA